CGCCGCCGCCGACGUCAACAAUAGCCGCGGCGGCGGGCGGGGAGCCAUCGCGGGCGGGGAGCGGCGGGCGCCGCUGCGCCGAGCCUCCCCAUCCCAUGGAGGGGCCGUACUCGCUGGGGGUGAGCGUGUACUCCGACCAAGGCGGCAGGAAAUACAUGGAAGACGUGACCCAGAUCGUGGUGGAGCCCGAGCCGCCGGCUGAGGCGGAGCGCGGGCCCCCGCACAAAGGCGGAGCGGCGCCCGAAGGCCCGCGCGCCGCCGAGCCCCUCGCUGAGAGCGGCCGGCGGAGGGGAGGCAGCCCGCGGACGCAAGAGGACAGAGCGCUGCCUCCCAGCCCUGGCUCCGGCCGGCGCCCGCGCCGCUCCGUGGCCUUCUUCGCCGUGUGCGACGGGCACGGCGGCCGGGAGGCCGCCCAGUUCGCCCGGGAGAACCUGUGGGGCUUCAUCAAGAAGCAGAAGGGCUUCGGCUCGGCGGAGCCGGCCGAGGUAUGCGCGGCCCUGCGCAAGGGCUUCAUCGCUUGCCACCGGGCCAUGUGGAAAAAGCUGCCAGAGUGGCCGAAGACUGUGACGGGUCUCCCAAGCACUUCGGGAACUACUGCCAGUGUGGUCAUUAUCCGCGGGUCAAAGAUGUAUGUCGCUCACGUUGGUGAUUCAGGAGUGGUGCUGGGAGUCCAGGAUGACCCCAAAGACAACUUUGUGAGAGCUGUGGAGGUGACACAAGAUCACAAGCCGGAACUUCCCAAGGAAAGGGAGAGAAUUGAAGGCCUAGGGGGCAGUGUGAUCAACAAGUCUGGUGUGUAUCGUGUUGUAUGGAAGAGACCCCGUCUGACUCACAAUGGCCCGGUGCGCCGCAGCACUGUCAUUGACCAGAUCCCCUUCCUGGCAGUUGCUAGAGCACUUGGUGAUCUUUGGAGCUAUGACUUUUACAGUGGUGAAUUUGUCGUGUCUCCUGAACCUGACACUAGUGUGCACACAAUUGAUCCCCAGAAGCACAAAUAUAUUAUCCUUGGCAGUGACGGGCUGUGGAAUAUGAUCCCACCUCAAGAUGCUAUCUCCAUGUGCCAGGAUCACGUCAUGGGAGAGCACCGACAGUCCUGUGCCAAGAUGCUGGUGAACAGGGCACUAGGCCGGUGGAGGCAACGCAUGCUUCGUGCAGAUAAUACCAGUGCCAUCGUAAUCUGCAUCUCACCAUUGCAGGACAGCAAAAGGAACUUGGAAAAUGAAGAAGAAUUGUAUCUCAAUUUGGCAGAGAGUCCCUGCUAUAGCAGUCCUGAUAUGAAUAUCAUGACACCCUCACGCUGCUGUACCCCUCCUGUCAAGCUUUUAGAAGAUGACCCAUGGCCACGUCUGAAUGCGUCUGAGCCCAUUCCUCCCCUCAUGCAUAGCAACAUGAUUUCAGAAAAAUGUUUAGAGCUGCCAAAUGAGAUAGCCAAAAGCAAUUUACCUUCAUCAGGAGCAACCCUGAAGGAUUCAGGCCUCCAGGAGGAGAAGUGCAGCAAAGCAUUGGCUUUGAGGAUACACGAAUCCUACAGCAAUGGUUUGUCAGUCAAUCUCUCUCCUUCCAACUCCGCAAAUUCAGGAAUGGACCAAAAAAGCUUCAAGGUGUCUCCUAAUGGCCAAACAAAAGCCCAAGACACAGAGAAGAUCCCCACAGCAAACUUUAAAAGGACAUUGGAAGAAUCCAACUCUGGCCCUGCUGUGAAGAAGCCAAGACGUGGCCUGAGCCGAAACAUUAGUGUCCAAUCAGAAGGUAUGUCCACGACUCCACAGCGCAAAAACUCAAACAAGCUGGCCAUGCGCCGCAGCCUGCGGGGCCAGAAGAAGCUCAGCAACACGCUCUUCCACCCUCCCAGGAAAGCAGUCUGUGUUUGCUGAAGAGCCUUUGUGUGAGGAAGUGUCUUUUUAGGCUGAUUAGAAUUUUAAAGUGGAUGCAGAAGUUUGAAACUCUUCCUGUUUUAUCUUUUUUUAAAGUAGAAACUUUUUUUUGGUAUCAAACAGCUUUAUCCCAGCCUUGUACUUGCUUGUAUUAUAACUGUGAAUUUUGUAGAUGUGUAGGGUAUAAGUCACUGUAAAAUGUGUGUAAAUUUGUAUUCCUUCAUAUAAAUGUAAUCUCUUCCUUGUAUAAUUGUUACAGCAGGGCUAAACCUUGUUUAAAAAAAAAACAAAACAAAAACAAACAACAAAAUCCUUUUUGUUAAUUUACUAAAGUCCUGAAUUUGUAUACGCUUCUUGUGAUGAGGAUUUCACAACUUUUUAACUAAAGUAAAUUAUUAAACAGAAUGGGAGAUAUGUAUUUUCGUAGUACUAUACGUUCCACUUAAAGUGUGUCUUUUAGAGAAUACACUAGGUCUAUAUUUUGUUUCUAAAUUUUAGAUUUCUCUACUCAGAAAUGAAAUGUACGUGGAAGCCGAGAUGUUGAGUCUUGCUUUACACAGCUCCAUGUCUAUUUCUUUAUGUUAAUUAAAAUACUAUGCAGUAUCUUAUUUAGCUGUAUUUUUUUGUAACAUUAAUUGUCAAACUAUUUAGCAAAAAAAAGUGUGUGUUUUAAAUCUCCACCUCCCCAAAGCAUCCUAUAUAGCCAUUCCCAUCCCCUUUUAUCAAUGAUGGAAUUUUGAUCCAGGCAUAAAUGUGUGCCCUAUGGAGGCAUAAAUUUUCUGCUAUUCCAAUACUGAUGGUGCUGCUAAUAUCUUUCAACAUAAGUUCUUAAAUUAUUUUAUGACUGUUUUCACUCAGUAUGUGGACCAUGUGUAUGUUCACCUAAAUAAAACACGUGAAAAUUUGA